GGUAAACAGGUCACUUGAAGUAAUAAGAAGUUUGAAGAAGCAUGGCCAAGCAUCACCCAGAUCUGAUUAUGUGUAGGAAGCAGCCAGGAAUUGCCAUCGGACGGCUUUGCGAGAAAUGUGAUGGUAAGUGUGUGAUUUGUGACUCAUAUGUGCGUCCCUGUACACUUGUACGUGUCUGCGAUGAAUGCAACUAUGGAUCAUUCCAAGGCAGAUGUGUGAUUUGUGGAGGAGUUGGGAUAUCUGAUGCCUACUACUGCAAAGAGUGUACCCAGCAGGAGAAAGACAGGGAUGGGUGUCCGAAGAUUGUCAAUUUGGGGAGUGCUAAAACAGAUCUCUUUUAUGAGCGAAAGAAAUAUGGCUUUAAGAAAAGAUGAAGGUCAUAUGCUAAAUUCAUUUCCUCCCCUUCCAUUGUUCUCCAUACAUUCCAUGAUCCA